AUGGCUGUGCCCCAGAACUGUGACAGGGGCCGAGUGGCCUCCACCCUCCGCUACUGCAUGUCAGUCAGCGGCACGGUGUUCCUGGUGGCGGGGACACUCUGCUUCGCGUGGUGGAGUGAAGAGGGUACAGGUGCUCAACCCGGCCAGCUGGCCCCACCCACUGGGCACCCUGCGCCUGAGGCCCCCAAGCCCCUGCUCAGGUCCAUCAGCUUCUUCUGCUUCGGGGCAGGCGGCUUGCUGCUGUUCCUUGGCCUGCUGUGGUCUAUCAAGGCCAGUGCCUGGGGGCCACCCCGGGAAGAUCCGUAUCACCUCUCCAGAGACCUGUACUACCUCACUGUGGAGCCCUCGGAGAAGGAGAGCUGCAGGACCCCAAGUCUGGUUGCCAUCCCCACUUACGAGGAGGCUGUGCGCUGCCCACUGGUUGAGGAGCCCCUGGUGCCACCUGCGUACCCCACAGAGGAAGACCUGCCACACAGUGCCUCCAGGGCUGUCCUGCUUGGGACCCAGCCCUCUUUGCCUCCGCCCAGCUACGAGAGCGUCAUCCUUGCUGCUGAUGCCAUGCCCGGAGAGACAAUACCUGGCGCUGCCAGGCCGGUUCAGACCGCAGUGGGAGGAAGUUAA